CGUAAAACCCAAAAGAAGAAGGUGGUAAACCUGCGCAUGCACACACGGACUUCCUCUGUCUGCUUGACUGCGCACAUUAUUUGCUUUAAUCCCCUCAAAUUAAAUAAAUUCCUAGCCACAGAAUGGCCUGAAAUUUGUGAGAUAUUACAGAAAUAAACAGAUAUCACAAUCACCACAUUUCAGACGGAACUAAAUUUCACCGAUUUUAUGGAAUCAAAAGGCCGUCUAGCUUUAAUGAUUUCAAAGUAGUUUUAAAAGUUUUUUUGUAAAAGACUUACAAAUGUGUUAAAACCUCUCAGUCGUGCGGUUACAGUGAUGGCGGACGAUGUGGUCUCUUGCCUUCUUGAACACAGUGUGUAAGUUGAGUGAUGGAGAAAGAGACUUACGAGUUGAAGAGCUCAGGAACCGCUCGUUUAUUUCAUUAGCAUCACAACAUUCACAACACAACACUUCAUGAGCAUGACCAAAUAAAUCGACAAAUAAACGCUACCUGCCUCAAGAAAGUGGCACCGUCACCAUGAUGUGCACGAGUGAGCAAAGUGACGGAAAUGAUGGCGGUUAAACAGCAGCAAGAAAGCGAACGGGAAGCGAAGUUUGUGGAUGUAACUCCUUAUCGCAUCCCACAUGCCCAUGUGGUUCUACCAGUGAAUGAAGAACCAUGGUUUUUGACACAGUGCUGUCUGAAGGUCUUCAAUUUCUAUUUUUGCACAAAAUAUAUAAAUUCAAGCCCCUUCAAUGACCCGUGUCUAUUUAUAUACAUUUUGAUAUACACCUUGAUUUUUUUUCCCCCUCAAGUUCACAAACUUUGAAUGGUUUCAAGGGCCCGUGGGAACCGUAAUUAAAUAUUAUUUCAACAUAAUUUUUUACAGGACAAAGGUUUUUCCCACCCACAUGCUAAUUAUUUCAAAGUAUUUUAUUAUCCGAAGCAUGUUUUGUUUCAAAUCUGGAAAUUAAAUUAUCAGGUUAGAUUAAUUUUCUGGACCCGAGUUCCGUUCCUGAACUUUUCAUUUACGUGGAGUCGAUCUGUCGCUCGUCCAAAAGCUUUAACAAACAAACGGCAUCGAGGGGAAGCGACAAGGACGAGUCGAUGAAAACAUUUUGAGUUUUGUGUCUUUAUAACUUCUGAGAAGUACAUCUCAAAUCAUUAGCACACGUGAUGGUUUACAAAAACGAUGGUUCUUCUCCAAGACGGUCCUGGACGUGGAGAUUUUCUCGCAUUAUUAACUCGUGUGGAACCCCCUCCCUGCUGUACAGUCAUUAAACAGUUUUCUGCUGGACUCUGAUCAGAACUCUAUUAAUGAGUGAUGUGAUAUUUCAUGUGACAAAAAGCCCCUUAUCGUGAAGUGAAAGUUUAAUACAUGACCCACGCAAAAUACUUCAAACCCCACAAGAUCAUCAGCUAGCUAUAAUCCCGUACAGCUCCUUGAUUACAUCGACAGUGAAAUCCUGACGGUGCUGUUGAUUACAUUGUCAGUUGUUAACUAUUCUGUCUUUUCAGAAGGAAAAACAAAAACCAGAGACUUCCUCUGCGUUCUAAAGUUCACUUCUUCCUGGGAACGUUGUUUAUUCUCUGAAGGCGUCUUGUUUGGGAAGCUGGAGAUGCUUCCAGCUUCUCAGCAGGACUUUCUGUUUCUCUCCGUCGUUUGUGACUCCGACGAUCUUCUUCAGGACGACUCUCUUCAGCGUCACCGUGUCCUUCUCUUUGUCUUCGUCAACGAUGAGGUCCAGUGUGUCUCCCACUUUCACCUGCAGGUGGAGACACACGUUAAAGAAAGACCACCAUCAUCAUCACCACCACCGGACCUUCUGACACGAGCAGAGAAUCUGUCUUUAUCUUCUCCCAAAUCUCCACCCAGCAUGCUGAUUGGUUGUUGGUGUCUCAGAGGGUGGAUCCUGGAUCUUUAAAAGUACUGAGUUGAGCUGCACGACGCACAUGUGAAGAACCCGAGACGUUCAGCAGCAUGGCCUGGUUUCUGCGCUCUUUGAAGUGUUUCCUGUCAGCGCUGAUGAUGGUGAUGAUGAUGGAGGCCGAGGCGACGUACGGACCGUACAGGUUUCUCCAGGACAGACCUGCAGUGAGACACGGAGCACUGACCUUCAGCAGACCUGCUCAUGGAAACAAAAUCAAUUUUGGAGCUCCGGCGGAGGUGUGCAAGAGCCGCCCGCUGGACCUGGUGUUCAUCAUCGACAGCUCUCGGAGCGUCCGUCCUGCCCAAUUCGAGAAGGUCAAAGUGUUCCUCUCGGACAUGAUGGACUCUCUGGACGUUGGUGUCAAUGCCACACGUGUUGGAUUGGUCAACUAUGCCAGCACGGUCAACAUUGAGUUCCUCCUGAAGACGUACGCCAACAAAGCGGACCUCAAACGCGCCUUCUCUCGGGUUGAGCCGCUCUCCACUGGCACCAUGACCGGCCUGGCCAUCAAAACGGCGAUGGAGCGCGCAUUCACCGAGGAGUCUGGUGCCAGGCCGGCGAAUAAAAACAUCCCUAAAGUGGCCAUCAUCGUAACGGAUGGGCGACCACAGGAUAAAGUACAGGAGGUGUCGGCUUUGGCAAGGGCUGCUGGGAUUGAGAUCUACGCCGUCGGAGUGGACAGGGCCGACAUGAAAUCUCUGCAAGCGAUGGCGAGCCAGCCACUCGACGAUCACGUGUUCUACGUGGAGACGUACGGUGUGAUCGAGAAACUCACAUCCAAGUUCAGGGAAACUCUUUGCGGUAUCGAUGCGUGUGCCCUCGGACACGACUGCGAGCACAGAUGCGUGAACAGCUACAACUCUUACUCCUGCAAGUGCAGAGACGGAUAUGUGCUUAACCCAGACAAGAAAACAUGCUCGCAAGCCAAGGAGGCUCGCAGCGAUUUGGUGGAGGACGCCUGCAUGUGUGAAGCUCAGAUCGCAUUCCAGAAGAAAGUCCAUCACAGUAUUAGAGAGAUAAACGGCAGACUGGAUGAUCUCUCGAGAAGAGUCGAUCAGUUCCAGCUGCGCUGAACACACACACACACACACACACACACACACACACAAACCAGCGAUCUUCUUCGCUAAUGCACAGCAACUCGCCGCUCUCUUGUCGCUGAGCCUAGACAGCCCUCUUCUCUGUGCUGCUUUGCGUUUAUCUUUAGAAAAAGUGUGUUUAUUGAAAGUAACCCAGUCCAAAUAUCGUUUCCUGAAAUUAGCCUGAACUUGAUCAUCUACAAACUUUGAUGCAGUCGACUCAUUCGUGCUUGUCCAGCCUCCUUUUAUUUUGUAAAACAUAAGAUUUUGAGCACCUUAUGAAGGUUUGUUUUGAUUUUAUUUUUGUCCAGGAAAGACUGUAAAUGUAAUGUAUGAUGUUUCCUCUGUUUGUGAUUCUUUGUACAGAUUUUUAUUUGAUAAUAAAAAUGGCUUGUGAAA